UAGAAUCCGAUUGUGGUGCCACCAUACAGCAAUAGCAAUCAGUAUCUUUGAGGGAAAACCAGAUAUAUUUUGUUGAUAUCACUCGUAUAACUUUAAUCCAUGAUAUCUAUGGCAUCCGUAGUGGAUUUUUGAUACGUGACGUCUAGGUGUCUUGUACGUCAUACGCGCACAUUGCAUCUGCAUUGCGAAUGCAUAUAGUAAUAAAUUCGUACAAAAUUAAAGUUACAGUGCACAAAAUAGAAGCUUAGAAACAAUUACAAACGUGAAUUAGUUGUUGACACGUUGACAACGGAAUAAUACCGCUUUUUACGUUGUAUUGGGCAAUACCACUUUUAUCCAUUUCCGAUUAGUACUUUUUAACAAAAAGUUUCGCGAGUGAUUAAGGUGCCCACUACUGGGCAUAGAAAAUUGCAAAAAUUGCAUAUAUUUCGCGAAAAGAUAUGCCAGAUAGCGGUGCCGUUUAUCAACCCACGACAGUGGGUUAUACAUAUGAUAGCGGUGGUGAUGGUGCUGGAGGUGGUGGUAGUUUAAGAAGUGGUUUCUGGAGGAUUAUGUCCAGACAUAAACUCAGCUCUAGAAAGUGGUUCGAAUGGGUAUUAUUCUCGGUCGCUUUGUCAUUUUUUGUUGCUGGUUUGACGACGAUGUUGGUUAGUUUUGUAUCCAAUGACACAUCACAGGAAAAUAAGACAGAGAUAAAAGUGAAUGAACAUCCAGCCACACCUACAAGUAUUGAAGAACAUGUUGAAGAUGCUGCAAAAAGUUCCAUAGCAUUAGGUGCUACUAUGAUGCUUAUAGGAAUUCUGUUAGGUUUUGGCUGGACUUGGAUUCGUUUCUUCCAUCGUGGUAAAUCUCCAAGGGGUGGAAUGGUUGGAAGUAGUGGUCAGAUGUUGGGCGGUUUGAAUCCAUCGACUGACUUGCUGGUGGGUUCCACUUCGCAGUACGGACCGGUACUUACGGAGCUGCCAAGUCAACUGAAGUUAAAGCAGACAAGUUCCCACGACACCCCAGCAAUACCACUUUCCGAUCAAGAAGAGGAAACACGUACUCUAAUGCAGGAUUCUGCAAUUCCUUCCGUGGUCACCACUGGUCCUAAUACCAUUGCUAAUCAAAUUCCAGGUUGAGUACAAAAGCUAAGUGCAUCAAUGUGUAGUAAGAUCACACAAUAUGGACAUUCUUUUAAUUUUAUGCAAAUCAACCUGAAUCACAGUUUGUCAUUGUGGGAUUUACCUGAUUUAUUUAUA